GAGGAAUUGAAGAUCUCUGAGUAGACGAGCAAGCUGAAGAAAUGCCUCUUAAACGGGAAGAUACAGAGCGUGCUCUGUUGAUGAUGGAGACCUGUCAGUCAGCAGCAGGUGUAGGGUUCAGGCUGAGAGCUGAGAGACUGCUGCACAUUUUUCAGAGUGACCUGUUCCAGGCUUUGCUGGAUAUUCAAGAAUUUUAUGAACACACAGUGUGUGAAAAUCCAGUAUAUACACCUACAGAGAACCCUCAGAAAUACCGUUAUCAAGAUGAAGAGUCCCCACCCCCUGAGCACAGCCCCGCCCACAUAACAUCUGGAAAGAGUGGUGAGAUUUUGCAUCUUAGUGACGCAAGCCACGCCCCUACGGAUGGUCUUCAUGGUUACUCAACACAUGCGCAUAUAUCACCUGCAAAGCCUGUCUUACUGCCCAGCAGCCACGCCCCAUACUACGCCACGUCUACUCUAAUGAACGGAUUAAGUGGAGAAGUAGAAUAUGAAGAGAUCACAUUGGAGAGGGGGAAUUCUGGUUUGGGUUUCAGUAUAGCAGGUGGUACUGAUAAUCCGCAUGUAGGAGAUGAUCCGAGCAUCUUUAUCACCAAAAUUAUACCAGGAGGUGCAGCAGCUCAGGAUGGACGACUGAGGGUGAAUGACAGUAUCCUGUUUGUUAAUGAUGCUGAUGUGCGUGAGGUCACUCACAGUGAAGCGGUGGAGGUGCUGAAGGAGGCGGGGCCAAUCGUCCGUCUCUACAUCCUCCGCAGGAAACACAUCGAAAUCAAACUCAUCAAGGGCCCCAAAGGUCUGGGGUUCAGUAUAGCAGGUGGAGUGGGAAAUCAGCAUGUUCCUGGUGAUAACAGCAUCUAUGUGACUAAAAUCAUCGAUGGUGGAGCUGCACAUAAAGAUGGACGACUACAAAUUGGGGACAAAAUUCUUGCAGUAAAUAACAUGUGUUUGGAGGACGUGACACAUGAGGACGCUGUAGUGGCGCUGAAGAACACGGCAGAGGUUGUUUUUCUCAGAGUGAGCAAAGCUUCCAACCUGUACACUCAGGACACCUACAAUCCUCCUGAUAUCACCAGCUCGUACUCUGCUCAUAUGGAUGAGAUGAGUCAUGGUUAUCUGUCAGAUUACCCACAAACCCUCACUCCUAUGUCUCCACGUCGCUACUCACCCAUCCCCAAGGGCAUGAUGAUGGGAGACGAGGACAUUCCCAGGGAGCCGAGGCGUGUAAUGAUCCAUCGUGGUUUGUCAGGUUUGGGCUUUAACAUAGUUGGGGGUGAGGAUGGUGAGGGAAUCUUCAUCUCCUUUAUCUUAGCUGGAGGCCCUGCAGACCUUAGCGGAGAACUGCGCAAAGGAGACCAGAUACUAAGUGUAAAUGGUGUAGAUUUAAGACAUGCAACUCAUGAACAGGCUGCAUCAGCUCUGAAGAACGCUGGACAAACUGUCACCAUCAUCGCCCAAUACAGACCUGAGGAGUACAGUCGGUUUGAAGCUAAAAUCCAUGACCUGCGUGAGCAGCUGAUGAACAGCAGUUUAGGUUCAUCAUCGCUGCGGAGUAAGAGGAGCUUUUACAUCAGAGCUCUGUUUGAUUAUGAUAAGACAGCGGAUGGUGGCUUCCUCACUCAGGCUGUGAGUUUCCGUUUUGGUGAUGUUCUUUAUGUUCUGGACUGCAGUGAUGAAGAGUGGUGGCAGGCGAGACGUCUCUCUCCACAUGGGGACCUGGAGGAGACUGGGUACAUCCCUAGCAAACGAAGAGUUGAGAGGAAAGAGUGGUCACGCUUGAGGUCAAAAGGACGAGAUGAAUACAUGCAGAGUUAUGAGAUUGUUAUGCAGGUGGAAGUGCUUUAUGCUCGUCCAAUCAUAAUCCUUGGACCAUCAAAGGACCGUGUGAAUGACGACCUUCUGUCAGAAUUUCCAGACAAGUUCGGUUCCUGUGUGCCUCAUACAACGCGGCCAAGGCGGGACUAUGAGGUUGAUGGGCGGGACUAUCACUUUGUAUCGUCACGGGAACAGAUGGAGAAGGACAUUCAGAAUCACCGGUUCAUUGAGGCAGGACAGUACAACAGCCACCUGUACGGGACGAGUGUCCAGAGUGUAAGGGAGGUAGCUGAACAGCAGGGGAAGCACUGUAUUCUGGAUGUAUCUGCUAAUGCAGUGAGGAGACUACAGGCAGCUCAGCUUCACCCCAUUACCAUCUUCAUCAGACCCACAUCACUGCAGAACAUACUUGACAUUAAUAAGCGUCUGACUGAGGAACAGGCAAGAAGAGCUUUGGACAGAGGCAUCAAACUGGAACAGGACUUUAUAGAAUGCUUCACAGCAAUUGUGGAGGGUGAAAGCUUUGAGGAAAUUUAUCAUCGUAUCAAAUCUGUGAUAGAAGAACAAUCAGGACCCUACAUCUGGAUACCAGCAAGAGAGAGACUGUAAAACACACACACACAAACACACACACGCACAUAUACACAUACACACGCACAUACAGUUCACACACACACGCACAUACACACACACACAUACACACACAUACAAACACACACAGACAUACUGUACACAUACACACACACACGCACACAUACACAUACACACACACACAUACACACACACAAACUCACACACACAUACUGUACACAUACACACACAUACACAUACACACAUACACACACAUACACACGGACACAUACACACACAUACCCAUACACACACACACACACACACAGACAUACACACACGCACACACACACACACACACACACACACACACACAUACACACACUCACACAUCUGAGAGAGAAAAACAGGUCAUCAUUUCUACAGAGACUGAUUCAAAUAUAAACCUCCAUUGUACUGCCGCAUCAUUCAAUCAGAACAGCAGGUAGAAUCUCACUCUUUUUCUCUCUCUUUCACACACACACACACACACACACACACAAACACACACACUCUCUCUCUCUCUCUCUCUCUCUCUCACUCAUACGGUCAUCUGAAAGGACCAAAAGACCAAAAAAGCAAAAACAGACCGACGCAAUAAGAGUGGACAGAAGAGCACUCAGCACUUUACUCACACACACACACACACACACACACACACACACCCACACACACACACACUCACACACCCUUUAGAUACUUAUUGAAUGCUUAAAAUCCACACACUGUAUGUGUGCGUGUGUAUGUGUGUGUGUGCGUGUGUGUCUGUGAGAGUAUGUGUGUGUGUGCGUGUGUGUGUGCGUGUGUGUGCGUGAGUGUGUGUUUACAGUGUGUGUAAUGUAUAGGGCUACUGUAUAUAAUCUGCACAAUACAGGAUAUUUACUUUUUCCAGAAAAUCUACAAGCAAAAACGACAGACAGACAGACAGACAGACAGACAGACAGACAGACAGACAGACAGACAGACAGAGUGAGAGACAGACAGUGAGACAGACAGACAGACAGUGAGACAUUUGGGUCAAUGAUAAAUAUGAACUUUAAUCUGGUUGGGUUAAAAGAUUUUAUUUUACAUUUUAAAAUGGAAUUUUAUAUUUAAUUUGAAAGUAAAACAUUCCUGCUUUUAUUAAAAAAAUGUAAAAAGUAGAUUUCUAAUCUCUAAUAGAGUUUAUAAUGACUUUUAUUUCUUUGAGUUUUAAGCAUUAGUAAAAUAUAAUUAAAUGUAAAUGUUUUAUUAACAAUAAUGUCAUGCCGUUGACACGUGUUGUGUAUAUUACAGAGAGAGAGACAGAUAGAGAGAGAGAGACAGAUAGAGAGAGAGACAGAUAGAGAGAGAGACAGAUAGAGAGAGAGAGACAGAUAUACAUUACAUACAGAGACAGAGAGAGAGACGGGUGCAUUAAUUAAUAAAGGAAAACACUUAAAUUUAUUUAAAUUAUUCCUUUAUAACCUCAUUAUUUAUUUACGAGUUAUUGGGGAAUUGUCUGUCUGUCUGUCUGUCUGUCUGUCUGUCUGUCUGUCUGUCUGUCUGUUUACUUUUGAGAAAUGAGAGUGUGUUUUAUAUGUUAUUGACACUCAUUGUAUUACUUUACAACACUAUAUACUAUAUUCUGUAGAAUCAGGGCAUAUAUACACACACAGACACACACACAGACACACACAGACACACACACAGACACAGACACUGACACACACUGACACACAGACACAGACACAGACACACACAGUGACACACACACUGACACUGACACACACACACUGACACACACACACUGACACACACACUGACACUGACACACACACUGACACACACUGACACACACUGACACACACUGACACACACUGACACACACAGACACACACAGACACACACUGACACACACUGACACACACAGACACAAACACUGACACAGACACACACAGUGACACACACACCGACACUGACACACACUGACACAGACACUGACACUGACACACACUGACACAGACACUGACACAGAUACACACUGACACAGACACUGACACAGACACACACGUACGCACACACACUGACACAGACUGACACACAUACCGACACUGACACACACUGACAUACACAGACACACACAGACACACACACACCAACACAGACACACACACACUGGCGCACACACACUGACACACACACCGACACAGACUCACACACACUGGAGCACACACAAUGACACAAAACAUCGACACAGACACACACUGACACACACACACAAUGUGUGCUAAAAAGUGUAAUGAAGGA